UAUGACGGAAGCUCAAUGCAAGAGUGAUUAAUCCACGUUGCAAAUUCCCCCCAUAACAACUCAUUCCAAGUCACUGUGUACCGGGAACACGACAUCUUCCACCCGGGGCCUCACCUCAACAGUUGCUAUCACUCUAUUCGGCCCUUCAUAAUCGCCCUCUUGUGCACGAAAUGCACUGUAUCCUCAACUGAAAUCUCAUCUUGCAAUCAGCCUUUCUCCCUAUUUUAGGUUGCCCGACUUCAACCUCCGUCCUGCGAGUUCCCACGAAUAACACUCUCCCAUUGUUGGGACGCCUAGAGGAUCACGCGAUACAACAUACAUUUGAAGUACAUUGAUCAUGGAAGGACAAGACAACAAUGAUGAGCUCUACCCAAUUGCCGUUCUGAUCGAUGAGCUGAAGCACGACGAUGUCCUCCUCCGACUCAACGCGAUACACAGACUCUCAACUAUUGCUUUAGCUUUGGGUCCUGAAAGAACAAGAGAUGAGUUGAUACCAUUUUUGGAUGACUCUGUUGAGGAUGAGGAUGAAGUCUUGACAGCAUUAGCUGAAGAGCUUGGAAACUUCAUCGAAUAUGUCGGAGGACCAGAACACGGCCAUUGUCUCUUGGCGCCCCUAGAGAACCUCGCUGCAAUCGAGGAACCUCUCGUGAGAGACAAGGCCGUAGAAUCUCUCAACAAGAUUUGUGAACAAUUGUCCGAGCGACAAGUCGAAGAAUAUUUUAUCCCUCUUACCAUUCGACUUUCAAAAGCCGACUGGUUCACUUCGAAGGUCUCGGCUACCGGACUCUAUGUUACUCCUUAUCGAAAAGCCAGCGCGGCUUCACAACAAGGCCUUCGGACGCAAUUUGGCCAUCUUGUUCAUGAUGAGACACCAAUGGUCCGACGACAAGCAGCAAAUCACCUGGCAAAAUUCAUCAAAGAAGUCCCUACCGACAUAGUCAUUGACGAAAUGAUUCCCCUCUUCCAACACCUUGCAAGCGAUGAUCAAGAUAGCGUCAGGCUCCUCACCGUCGAAGUCCUGAUCUCCAUUGCUGAGGUCAUUCCCAAAGAACAGCAACCGAGCCACGGAGUGUUGUUGACGGCUUUGAGAAGCCUGUUCGAAGACAAGAGCUGGAGAGUCCGAUAUAUGGUCGCGGAGAAAUUCGAAAAGAUCGCGAAAGCCGUCAAUGAAGAGGUUGUAACACGGGACCUAGUUCCGGCAUUUGUGAAGCUGUUGAAAGACAGCGAAGCAGAGGUCAGAACGGCAAUUGCCAGUCAGAUCCCCGGCUUCUGCAGUCUGCUUGACAGGGAUACACUCCUCAACGAGAUCAUGACGAGCAUAGAAGAUCUUGUUUCCGACCCUUCACAGCAUGUCCGAGCGGCUCUCGGAACGCAACUCAGCGGGUUGGCUCCAAUCCUUGGGAAAGAAGAAACAAUCUCGCAUCUUCUCCCCAUGUUUCUCCAAAUGCUCAAGGACGAAUUCCCAGAUGUCCGCCUUCACAUCAUCUCGAAACUUGAACUGGUUAACAACGUCAUUGGCAUCGAUCUACUCUCACAGUCUCUCUUACCAGCCAUCGUCCAGUUGGCAGAGGACAAGCAAUGGCGCGUUCGCCUCGCUAUCAUCGAGUACAUUCCUUUGCUUGCCAAGCAGUUGGGUAUGAAAUUCUUUGAUGAGCAACUGAGCUCUUUGUGUAUGGGUUGGUUGGGUGACACAGUCUUUUCUAUCAGAGAAGCUGCCACCCAAAACCUCAAGAAACUCACCGAAGUGUUUGGUGUAGACUGGGCGAAAGAAUCCAUCAUUCCCAAAGUCGAUGCCAUGAGUAAACAAGAGAACUACCUUUACCGGAUGACGACCUGCUUUGCUAUAACGACGCUCGCCCCCGUUGUCACAUUCGAUAUCAUCCAGGAAAGCGUGCUUCCCAUGAUGGAUCGUCUCGUUACCGAUCCAAUCCCCAACAUCCGGUUCAAUGUCGCCAAAUCAUAUUCCGUGCUUAUUGACACACUCCGUCGCCUACCCGCCGAAGGCACGCUCGCUGAACUCGAGGCGUCAGACUCGGCCGCGUCCCAGCCCAACCCAAAGGGCGAGGAACUCAUCAACGACCAGAUCAUGCCCAAUUUGACGAAGCUACAAGACGACUCUGACGUUGACGUCAGGUAUUUUGCCACGAUCGCGGCUGGAGGUACCUGGAAUGCCGGCGAGAGGAUGGAUACGGGACAGUAGUGCUCUCACGAUCAAACUCCUGCCAUGGGUUCUUCCGUGCCGUGGUAUGGGGUCGUCCUCUCGUAGAACCGUACAAGACUGGCAGUGUGCACAAUGGACCCAGACAAACAUGGAUGACUUGAGGAAAACUUAGGUACGGAUACGUACAGGGUUCAACGAGGUAAGGCUAUGGGGAACGAGGUGGCCUAGCCUUUCCAAAGCCGAGCGAGUUGCAAUGUGGACCUGUGUAUACGAGACUCGUCCGUAUGUGUGCGCGUGCAUUACGGAGUAGUGUCUGGUUAUGUGGGUGUGUGUUUGUGUAUGUUUGUGUGUGUGUGUGACAGAGAGAGAGAGAGAAAGAGAGAGAGAAGAUACCAAUUCCGACUGCGAGAAGAAAAAAAGAGAUAGCGAACAAGAACAAAGAAUAGAAAGAAGCAGUGCGAAGCGGUCGACAUGUUGUGCUUUGCUUUGCUUUGCUACGCCACACUUGUGCCUU